GAGAGUGUGUCCGCCUCGCUCAGUGUGCGUGGAGAUUAGGUCCGAGCGCCGGAGCGAGGCAGCCAGUCCGCGAGCUCGAGCCGCCGGCGCCGCUCCCAGCAGCAGCCUUUGCGAGCAGCGCAGCGGCGGAACUGGGCGCAGGGGAGCUAGCUCGGCCCCGCCAGCCCAGCCCAGCCCAGCCCAACUACCUCCCCACGCGGGGCAGCAGCCGCAGCAGCCGCCGCCGGGAGAGAAGGUGGAGGAAGAAAUCCAGCCCCUAGCACGCGCGCACCACCAUGGACCAUUAUGAUUCCCAGCAAACCAACGACUACAUGCAGCCCGAAGAGGACUGGGAUCGAGAUCUGCUCCUGGACCCAGCCUGGGAGAAGCAGCAGAGAAAGACAUUCACAGCAUGGUGCAACUCCCACCUCCGGAAGGCAGGCACGCAGAUCGAGAACAUCGAGGAGGACUUCCGGGACGGCCUGAAGCUGAUGCUGCUGCUGGAGGUCAUCUCAGGUGAACGCCUGGCCAAGCCGGAGAGAGGCAAGAUGAGAGUGCACAAGAUUUCCAACGUCAACAAGGCCUUGGACUUCAUAGCCAGCAAGGGCGUCAAGCUGGUGUCCAUAGGAGCCGAAGAAAUCGUGGAUGGGAACGUGAAAAUGACCCUGGGCAUGAUCUGGACCAUCAUCCUCCGCUUUGCCAUCCAGGACAUCUCCGUGGAAGAGACUUCGGCCAAGGAAGGACUGCUCUUGUGGUGUCAGAGAAAGACAGCCCCUUACAAGAAUGUCAAUAUCCAGAACUUCCACAUAAGCUGGAAGGACGGCCUGGGCUUCUGUGCCUUGAUCCACCGACACCGGCCCGAGCUGAUUGACUAUGGGAAGCUGCGGAAGGAUGACCCACUGACAAAUCUGAACACGGCCUUCGAUGUGGCAGAGAAGUACCUGGACAUCCCGAAGAUGCUGGAUGCGGAAGACAUCGUCGGAACUGCCCGUCCUGAUGAGAAAGCUAUCAUGACUUAUGUAUCCAGCUUCUACCACGCCUUCUCUGGAGCCCAGAAGCUGCCUGCCUUCAUGUAGGCCUCAGGGGCCAGGUGGGCUGACCCUGUGCCCCCCUAAUCCCUAUAGGACAUCAACAAUGCCUGGGGCUGCCUGGAGCAGGCGGAGAAGGGCUAUGAGGAGUGGCUGCUGAAUGAGAUCCGGAGGCUGGAGAGGCUUGACCACCUGGCAGAGAAGUUCCGGCAGAAGGCCUCCAUCCACGAGGCCUGGACGGAUGGCAAAGAGGCCAUGCUGCGGCAGAAGGAUUACGAGACGGCCACCCUCUCAGAGAUCAAGGCCCUGCUCAAGAAGCACGAGGCCUUCGAGAGCGACCUGGCCGCCCACCAGGACCGCGUGGAGCAGAUCGCUGCCAUCGCGCAGGAGCUCAAUGAGCUGGACUAUUACGACUCACCCAGUGUCAACGCCCGGUGCCAAAAGAUCUGUGACCAGUGGGACAAUCUGGGGGCCCUGACCCAGAAGCGGAGGGAAGCUCUGGAGCGGACAGAGAAACUGCUGGAGACCAUUGACCAGCUGUACCUGGAGUACGCCAAGCGGGCCGCGCCCUUCAACAAUUGGAUGGAGGGGGCCAUGGAGGACCUGCAGGACACCUUCAUCGUGCACACCAUCGAGGAGAUCCAGGGACUGACCACAGCCCAUGAGCAGUUCAAGGCCACCCUCCCUGAUGCCGACAAGGAGCGCCUGGCCAUCCUGGGCAUUCACAACGAGGUGUCCAAGAUUGUCCAGACCUACCACGUCAACAUGGCGGGCACCAACCCCUACACAACCAUCACGCCUCAGGAGAUCAAUGGCAAAUGGGACCAUGUGCGGCAGCUGGUGCCGCGGAGGGACCAGGCCCUGACGGAGGAGCAUGCCCGCCAGCAGCACAACGAGAGGCUACGCAAGCAGUUUGGGGCGCAGGCCAAUGUCAUCGGGCCCUGGAUCCAGACCAAGAUGGAGGAGAUCGGGAGGAUCUCCAUCGAGAUGCACGGGACCCUGGAGGACCAGCUCAGCCACCUGCGGCAGUACGAGAAGAGCAUUGUCAACUACAAGCCCAAGAUCGACCAGCUGGAGGGCGACCACCAGCUCAUCCAGGAGGCGCUCAUCUUCGACAACAAGCACACCAACUACACCAUGGAGCACAUCCGUGUGGGCUGGGAGCAGCUCCUCACCACCAUCGCCAGGACCAUCAAUGAGGUGGAGAACCAGAUCCUGACCAGGGAUGCCAAGGGCAUCAGCCAGGAGCAGAUGAACGAGUUCCGGGCCUCCUUCAACCACUUUGACCGGAAGAAGACAGGCAUGAUGGACACGGAUGAUUUCCGCGCCUGCCUGAUCUCCAUGGGUUACAACAUGGGAGAGGCGGAAUUUGCCCGCAUCAUGAGCAUUGUGGACCCCAACCGCCUGGGGGUAGUGACGUUCCAGGCCUUCAUCGAUUUCAUGUCCCGCGAGACGGCCGACACGGAUACAGCAGAUCAAGUCAUGGCUUCCUUCAAGAUCCUGGCUGGGGACAAGAAUUACAUCACGGUGGACGAGCUGCGCCGUGAGCUGCCGCCUGACCAGGCCGAGUACUGCAUUGCGCGAAUGGCCCCGUACACCGGCCCCGACGCCGUGCCCGGUGCUCUGGACUACAUGUCCUUCUCCACAGCGCUGUACGGCGAGAGUGACCUCUAAGCCGCCCUGCCUGGUCCGCGACCUCGCCCCCAUCCGCCCGUGCGAGCCCCGCCCUCCGCCUCUGCUGCCCCCGCCCCUCCGCCCCUUCCAGCCCGGGUUUGGUUUCUGCGCUCCGCCUCCAAAGGGGCGAGCUGGGACCCACGGGGCAUCAAGCCUCCCUGCCCGUGAAGUGACAGUUUACAAAAUUAUUUUCUGCAAAAAAGAAAGUUACGUUAAAAAAAGUAAAAAACCAAAAAAACCACAUAUUUUAUUAUAGAAAAAAGUAUUUUUUUCUCCACCAGACUUAAAUGGAAAAGAGGAAAAAUUAACUAUUUGCACCGAAAUGUUUUGUUUUGUUGUGACAGGAAAAUAACCAAGCACAAUGUUAUAUCCAUCCUUUUUAUCGAUUUUUUUUUUUUUUUUCUAUCUGUACCAUCUGCUGUAUUCAUUUCUCCAAUCUCAUGUCCAUCUUGGUGUGGGAGUGGGGGUGGGGGUAGGGGAUAAUCUUGUCAAAAGGCACAUUGGUGCAUGUGUGUUUGCUAGCUCACUUGUCCAUGAAAAUAUUUUAUGAUAUUAAAGAAAAUCUUUUGAAA